AGGGAGACCACCCAGCCCCAGACAAAAUCUAGCGGGUUUACUGUCACCCCAGAAGAUGUGCUGUGUGACUCCUGCAUCGAGAUCCCGUGCCGGGCCCAGAAGUCCUGCCUCACCUGCCUGGUGUCAUACUGCGAGGCCCACCUCAGACCCCACCUGGAGAACCAGAGGUUCCAAAAUCACCGGCUGGUGGAGCCCUUACAGGACAUCGAGUGUCGCACCUGUGAGGAGCACCGGCUACCGCUUGAACUAUACUGCCUGACGGACGGCUGCGGUGUGUGUGUGUGCUGCGAGUGUGAGGGACAGGGACAUCUGGGGCACAGUACUGUACCUGUAGAGGAGGCUCGAAGACAGAUCCAGACAGAGCUGCAGAAGAAACAAGGGGAGAUUAUGAAGAGCGUCUCAGUGGCAGAGAAUUCCAUUGGCAAGCUACAGAGCAACACUGCAUCCAUAGAGAGCUCGGUGGCAGGGGUACGUGCUGUGAUGGAGCAGCAGUUCUAUCUGCUGCAAGGGGCCGUAGAAGAGGCCCGGAGGAAGGCCACGGAGGUUCUGGAGGAGCAGAGGCAGGCGCUCAGCCAGGCCGAGGGCAUCCAGGCCCACCUGGAGCAGAAGAGCCAAGAGCUGAAGAAGACCCUGGCCAGAGUGGAGAGACUCUUCAGGAACAAGAGGGAUGUAGACUUCCUGCAGGAAUACUCAGAGUGGAAGACGGGGGCUGUGGAUGUCUGUCUGCCUGGGCUCUACAUCGGCCUCACAGAUCGCCUGGCCUCCUUCAGCUGCCUGCUCACUGAGUCCACCCAGGAACUGUGUGACCAGAUCAAGGCUACCUACAGGGACAAACUGAAGGACAUCUGCAGGACUGAGAAACUGGGCAUUACAACCAUGGUCCAUCCCAAGAUGUCAAAGUCUUUUUCACUUCCUGAGCCUGAGAUGCGAGACGACUUCCUCACGUAUGCCAGCAGUCUGACCUUUGACCCAGACACUGUCCACAAGUUCCUGAGACUAACCGAAGACGACAGGAAGGUGACCAACACCACGCCCUGGCAGCACAGCUACCCAGACACGCCCGAACGCUUCGAGUACUGGCGCCAGGUGAUGACCUCAGAGAGCCUCUACCUGGGCCGACACUACUUUGAGGCAGAGCUGAGUGGGGAGGGCGUGCACGUGGGACUCACCUACAAGAGCAUCGACCGGAAAGGCGUGGAGAGAGGCAGCUGCAUCACAGGAAAUGACUUCUCGUGGAGCCUCGGAAGGGAGGGGCGGAGCUUUUCCACUUGGCAUGCUGAUAUGGAGGCGGUCGUGGAAGCCACAAGUGUGUUCACGAGAAUCGGCGUCUACAUCGACUUUGACUCAGGCUCAUUAGCUUUCUAUGGUGUGACUGACAUCGCUAUGACUCUCCUCUACAGGUACAAGGCUGAGUUCAUGGAGCCCUUGUAUCCUACUGUCUGGCUCUCAAAGAAGGACAGUGUGGUGUUGUUGGUUGGUCCUAAGGACCCCCACUAAUGAAGAGCUCAACUCUGCCUGCCACCCCCAUCACUCCCAUGGCAACAUCAGCUCCUGUCAGUCCAGAAUCAUAAUACUUUGACUGCAGAAGUGUAGUUAGGUUAAAGAGGCGGACCAGUACACAUUUCUGUUUCUCACAAAUACAAUAAAGUAUCUAUUCUAUUCAUAAGCAGUUGCCUUAAGUGACUGAUACUGUACUUAUUUAACAGGACACAGCAUCAAGUAUCACAAGACAACAGACAGGGACUUUACAGGGGGUAUCUGCACUCAUCCAGGACCUAUAUACUAGGCGGUGUCAGAGGAAGGCCCAAAAACUUCCCCAGAUUCCAGUCACCCAACUCAUAGACUGUUCUCUCUACUACCGCACGGCAAGUGGUCCCGGAGCGCCAAGUCUAGGUCCAAAAGGCUCCUUAACAGCUUCUACCCCCAAGCUAUAAGACUGCUGAACAAUUAAUCAAAUAGCCACCCAGACUUUGUUUUUACACUGCUGCUACUCACUGUUUAUUAUCUAUGUACAAAAUUACCUCGACUAACCUGUACCCCUGCACAUUGACUUGGUACCGGUACCCCCUGUAUAUAGCCUUGUUAUUGUUAUGUAAUUUUAUUGUGUUACUUUUUAUUUAACUUUUUACUUUAGUUUAUUUUAGUAAAUAUUUCCUUAACUCUAUUUCUUGAACAGCAUUGUUGGUUAAGGGCUUGUAAGUAAGAAUUUCACAGUAAGGUCUGGACCUGUUGUAUUCGGCGCAUGUGACAAAUAUAAUUUGAUUUGAUAUAGAACAAAACAUGACACUGAGGGAUUGAGUAAUAACUUUUUAGCUGCCCUUUUUAUUGGAACAGGUUAGCAAGUGACUGACUUGCUAACUACUGUCAUUGGUCUUUCAUAUGCAAAAACAUACUAUGUUUAUUUGACAUUGUGCUGAGUACUAACUACCAAGAUGAAUUCAAGGGCUGUCUUUCAUUGUUGUGUCAAUGGUCAAUCUAAUGUAAAUCAUAUUAACAAUGUGACAAA